AUGCUCAUAUCCCGUACAGACACUAUUAAGCUGUAUCGACAACUCCGGCGCCUCGGUCGUCGAGUGCGUCAACGUCCUGAAGAAGAAGCGGCCCGCGACUAUCGAGCAGCCGGAUCCGAGGGCUCAGGGACUGCUCUUGCGAAUAAGGUUCGCCGUGGUGAUAUUCGACAUGCCGUUGUCGUUCGUGUGAAGAAGGAAUUGCAGCGCCCAGAUGGAUCGCUUGUCCGAUUUGGUGAUAAUGCCUGUGUUUUGAUCAAUAAGGCUGGUGACCCCAUUGGCACAAGAAUGAACGGUGUCGUCGGUCAAGAACUCCGUGGCAAGCAGUGGUCUAAGAUCUUGUCAUUGGCCCCUGUGCACGUGUAA